AUGGGCCUUGGUGAUAACUGGAAUCCUAUGGGAGCCACGAGUUUCUAUCACGGGAGUCUCGAUUCGGACGAACAACUUGGAAAUACCAGCGUCGGUCAUGGUAAUGGCGGAGGGAGUAGUGGAGAGCCAGAUUCUUCGGGAGGACCGUGGCCAGAACGACGUGGCCGCGGUGUAUUUCCCACUGUUGUCAUCGAGGCCGGGUGUACUCGGUCUUUGGCGAUUAUGCAGGCCAAGGCGAAGUGGUGGUUCAAAAUCUCCCACCACGAUGUAAAGAUUGUGCUGUUGGCAAAGUUUUAUCCGGCACGACAGAUGACAGUUGUCGAAAAGUGGGAAGAGAGGCCACGAGAGAUUCGUCAAGGGGCGGCAACAACUCGAUGGGGAUCUGAAGGAGUGCCGUCCUGUCAGCAAGUGGUUACGAUUAUAAAGACUAGCGACGAUCCAUUAGCAUAUCAGAUAUCCGGUGACUUGGUGUUGAGUUUUCGGCUGUUGUUUUUGAGGGAUCCGGGCGAGGGGGGGAGGGAUGUGGUGAUUUCCGCUGACCGCUUGCAGGACUAUGCGGAGAUGGUUUGGGAAGAAACUCUUGAGGACUAG